GAACAGCGUUGUUGUGUUUAUGCGCCCGAGCCCCACGAUCACGUCCUAGUCUUAUGCCUCCCGAGAACCGGAGGACGGCUUUAUAGCCAUGUUACCCCAAAUUGGCGACUUCAUCGCAUGCGCGAAGCUCGCCGGCCAAUGUAUACAAGCGCUCAAUUCCGCUCGCGGCUCGAAAAGCGAAUUCACCACGCUCAGUGCGACGCUCAAGGCCCUCAGCCAUGCCGCGCUACAGGCCGAAGCGGUCACCAUGGAUUUCCACAUCAGCGAGCACAAGGACGUUCGGCAUAUUGAGAGGUUGCAGGAGAUCGCCCAGGAGGUCACUACGCAGCGGCUCCAGAUAGAGGAGUGUAUAAAGGGUUUCAUGGAUAAGACCAAGUCAUACACGGCUGCGUUUGAGCAGAAAGAGGUGGGGACGAACGGAUUUGGGAAGGCGAAGACGGCAUAUAAAUCCUUGACUUGGUUGUCGCGAAAAGAGGACAUUGCUUUUUUUGAGAAGGCGUUGAAUUUACAACUCGAGGCGCUACAAUUACUGCUUGGGCGGUUCUAUCUGACGGCCAUGACCAGUUCAAUGGACGACAACCGCAAACUUCUAACGAAUGGCUUCGAUACAGUCGAGGUUGGGAUCAAUGAUGUCAAAUUUCAAAUGCAAGAGGCUUUGUUCAAGUUAGAGAUGAUUUGGGAGCGAGGACCGCAAGACAUGGCGUUUGGGUUUGGACCCGAGGCAAUCAUCUUGGACGAUGCCCUCGGACGACAGAACUUCCUUCCUCUAAUGCUGACAGCGACGCCUGAAGUAUUCAGAGAUGUUCUGUUGCUCAUGCAUAAAGGCGGCCCGGGUUACGAGAAGGUCGAGAGUGGGAAAUACGUCGUGUCGGAUGAAGACCGGGGCGGAGAGCUAGUCCCCUUGGACCGAUGGAGCGAAACGUUCCAACCCGGGAAGAGAAUCGGACUAAGCUUCCUCAUGAAGCACCCCCCGUCGAAUAACGAGAAGCAAUGCCCACGGUGCAUGUCUAUGAACACGAUGACCGGAGUGCAUCCCGACGAACGGAAAUGCAAACAUUGCUCUCUGCGGUACAAAGUCGAAAACCAAGACCGUGUGCGAUACUUCUGGAAAGAUCUGCGCCAGCGACCCAAGCCACCACCAAAGGUUCGUUCGGCGGGUAGUAUCCCUCGCGAUCGGAAGUCAUCGAACCCCGAAUCUUCGGAUCCAAAGAAGAAUUCUAUACGGCGGAGUUCAACUCUUCCUCCGGAUGAAUACAUGCACCCAUUCCGGCGAGUCCAUUAUCAGCGGCCGGUUAUUAGGCGAAUCUCCAUUGACGCGCGGUGGGCGUCAACUGACCCUGAGUUCGAUGCUUUUCUCCAAGCGCUCCCGCCUACACAUCGUGCAGCUGCGUCGGGUGAUACCGCGACCCUUGAUGAUCUUGUCUCUGAGGAUGACGACGUUGACUUAGACGAGCACUGGAAACCGUCUCCGGGGAAUGAGCUGUUUCGGCACGACAGAACCGGUUCGUAAAUCCUGUAUAUUACGAUUAGCUUGAUGAACUAACGGGCGUAGGAUGGGAUUGGAUAGGAGCGCCUCCGAUUCAUUUCGCCGUCUAUUUCGGACAUCUGGAUGCUGU